GUUCCGGGAGAAAGAGGGGGAUGUAACAGAGGCACGCUCUGUUAUUAGACUGUUCCAUAGAGAGUUAUAUUGCACCUGUCUAUCAGCGCUGCUAGCGUUACAUGCAAGAACCAUGCUUCACAAGGCAUUACCAAAGUAACUUCAUCCCUAUACACACAGGACAACGUGGAAUUUUGCGGGCAAUCCUUGCUCGUCACCAAGCCGAUAUGAACUUGUAAUAGAAGCUGCAACCCCACAGUUGCGAGCGCGCCCUCGAGUUUGUUAGCGCCAGAGACCCUACGUAUGUGAGGCCUGAAAAAAGAUGAGUUCGAACGUUCCCGGGGAAAGAGGGGGAUGUGACGGAGCCACGCUUUGUUACUAGACCGUUUCAUAGGGAGUCUAGUUACACCUGUCCAUCGGCGCUGCAAGCGUUACAUGCGGAUGCUUUACGAGACAUUACCAUAGUAGUUGCAUUCCUAUACACACAGGACAACGUGAAAUAUCGCGCGCAAUUUUCGCUCGUCACUAACCCGAUAUGAACUUGUGAUAUGAACUGCGGUCCCACGGUUGCGAGCGCAUUCUGAAGUUCGGUCGCGCCGAAGACCUGACAUACGUAAGGCCUGAAAAGAGAUGAGUUCCAACGUUCCUGGGGAAAGAGGGGGAUGUAACGGAGCCACGCUUCUUUACUAGACUUUUUUAUAGGGAGUCCAGUUGCACCUAGAGACCCUUUACUGACAGAGUCUUGUCAAAGCGAGAUUUCUUUUGAUUGGCUUUUACGGUCUGGAUCAUUCAUGGCGGGUUCACCGAAGGGACGAAUCAGAAUCGUGAUAAAACGUAGAGCGCUUAAGCGAAGGAGGCUUGAAAAACAAUUGCGAAUUAGGUAAGUAUGCAACUGAAUAUAUCAAAGUGACGCUGAAAAAUGACUGGUUGCGCGGCUUUGGGAUGCUCAAAUAGGAGCGAAAAUGGUAUAAUUUCAAAACACUUUCCUAAAGAUCCGAAGAGACGAGAACUUUGGGCAGCAGCUAUCCACCGUCCCAAUCUAAAAUAUACGAGUUCGCCAGCUUCAUGCGAGGUAAGAAUUUGUAACAAAUUAAUAUGAAGAUCCCAUCGCGUUUCGUAUAAUAUGUACUUCAAUUUUGAAAGCGGCGGAUUAAGAUUUUGUAUUUUUUUCUUUUUUUGUAACAAGAGACUCGGUAUAGUCUCGCGCCAAUUACAUUCAAAAGAACGGGUGUCCACCGAGUAUGUUCACUGCGACGGGAGCUCAAAAGCGGAGUUGGGUUCGCGUUUCAUUAAAUAGCUCCCAUAUUCAUAAUAUUACAGCAAAUGUAGAUUUUACUAGUUUACGGAAAUAUGUCCUAAUUGUUUUAAGUUACUUUAUUUGAUGCACACGUCGAAAUUGAAAAGAAAAAUUAGAUGCACACUACCAAUUGCUUGGCAAACCUUCAAAAUGGCCUAACGAUUAUGUGAAAAUCUUUACUCGGUUAUCAACGGACUACGGAAAGUUGAAAAUGAUUGAAACGCAGGUGCCGUUCUCUGUGAAUUAUCCUAAUCCAAGAUUUUUAUUACUAUGUGGAUUAGUAUAUGAGUCCACAGUCCACGAAACAUUUCAUGUCUCCCAACAAAUCUCCAGGUACAUUUCGCUGAAGACGCUUGAGAGCGAACACGCGAAGAUGGUUCCCGAAAAUUGAAAAUAACCGCAGUUCCAUGCCUUUUCAUCCAGUGUGUCGGAAGUAAGCAGCGGGACCGCUCAGUGGGGCUUACCGUGAAGCUGGUGCCGACUGCCUUACCUGAAAAAACACCCAACAUUGAAUUCGUCGAGCAAACACAGGGAGUAUAUGAUUUGGAAUAUUCACUUACCAGUCCCUCUCCAAAGUCAUCGUCAGUAUCCUGGACAAACUCCUUGCCCGAGCCAUCUCACUUUCUUCCACCUCCUCGCCAAAUUCCUCGGCACAGUAUCCUCUUUGCUCACCGCAGACUUUACAUAGCAAAGUUGAUCGAUGUUCCAGGUUACUAGAGAAGAGUGAAAAGCAUCGUAAAGUGCUCCAAAAAAAAAUGAAAGCAUUAGAAAUUGAAAAUAAUAGAUUGCGGGCAAACAUGGAUACUGGAGGCGGGUUCAAAUCUUUUCUCAACGCGGAUCAACAGAGGAUGAUCGAACAAAAAUACAGAAAAUGUACCAAGUGGUCCACAAGCACGAUAAAAAAUGCGUUAAAAAUUAAAUUUUCUUGUGGCAAUAACGGUUAUAAGGAGAUCUUAAAACAAAAGUUUCCGCUACCAUCACUCCGAACACUCUCUCGACGAAUGCAGCAUAUUAGCUUCUCCAGUGGAAUACAAAGUGACAUUUUUGAUUUACUGAAAACAAAAUUCGAACAUGUAGAGCAUGAGCACGAAAGGCAAUAUGUGAUAGUUUUUGAUGAAAUGAGCAUUCAACCUGCAAAAGUCCACGAUGUUUCCACUAACCAGUUCAUCAGAAAUGUCACUUUGCCAGGGCACAAACCAGAUAUUGCAACCCAUGCACUUGUCUUUAUGCUGGCAGGAGUCACUGUACGGUGAAAGCAAAUUGUUGCCUAUUGGGAAAUCAGCCGGGGGCGUGGCUUCUCCUUGCGGCAGAAGCAGUUACUACUGUAAGACGCAUUUUAAAUCAAGUGUCGGGUGUUUACGUUUGUGUUUACGUGAGAGUUUGAU